UCUCCAUUCACAUAAACGAGAUUUCCUCUCUCUCAUUGACAUUGUGAGAUAUCCAUCAUUUUUAAAUCGUUCACUUCUCAAGAAAUUUUAAAAAAAAAAAAAUGCCGGAAAUUCAGUACUCCGAAAAGUACUACGAUGAAAAAUAUGAAUACAGGCACGUCGUUCUACCUCGGGAGGUUGCGAAACUCUUGCCUAAGAACGUACUUCUUAAAGAGGAGGAAUGGAGAGGAAUCGGUGUUCAGCAAUCUCGCGGAUGGGUACACUACGCGAUUCAUAAGCCCGAGCCCCACAUCAUGCUUUUCAGAAGGCCCUUGAAUUAUGAGGAAAAUCAAAAGCAGGGGAAGAUUGGUUUGAAAGGGGGAAAUGUAACUACACCCAUCUAUUUGUAAGUCUUUUGGAUCAUGGGUUUUGUUCUCAUAGGCCUUGGAUCUCUCUGUUUAGGUCUUUUGGAUCAUGGGUUUUUAAGUCCCAAGGGUUGGAUGGGUUUGAAUGAGAAGCAUAUUUGGCUGUGAAAGAACUCUCUGUUUCCUUUUUCUUCUUUUUUCUGCCCAAUGUCUUUGAGAUUGGAAGUUGAUACGUUGGUUUGUAUU